AUGACAUCUGCAGUUUCUAUUUUAAGUAAGCCUUGUAUAGGACCAGCGUCAAACAAUGCAAGAAACUUUCAUCAAGAAUUUACAGUAACAGCAAGAGUUGUUGUAGCACCAAAAAGACCAACCUUGCCCGAGUUAUCGAUCAAAGGCAUUCCUCACACUGAUCUACAUAUCCGAGAGAUCGUUCAAAGGCAGUUGAAAAUACCAGACACUAGUGAUCAUAACUAUGUUUGCAAAAAGCCCGAGUUCCAUCCCUCUUUUCUUGACGACGCAUAUGAACGGUGCAGAGUUAUAUGUGCUGAAUAUGCCAAGACUUUCUAUCUAGGAACCAGGCUAAUGACAGAAGAUAGGCAAAAAGCAAUAUGGGCUGUAUAUGUUUGGUGCAGGAGAACAGAUGAACUUGUAGAUGGGCCAAACGCGAUCCAUAUGAGCUCGGAGGUUCUUGACAGAUGGGAGGAGAGACUUCAUGAUCUGUUUAAUGGUCGGCCUUUUGAUAUGCUGGAUGCUGCCCUCACACACACCGUUCACAAGUUCCCCAUAGACAUUAAGCCGUUUAGGGACAUGAUUGAAGGAAUGAGAAUGGAUUUGAAGAAAAGUCGAUAUGAAAACUUCCAAGAACUUUACCAAUAUUGUUACUACGUUGCUGGAACGGUUGGUUUGAUCAGCGUCCCAGUCAUGGGUAUCCCCCCUGAAUCAUCACCUCAUGCAUCAACUAUCUAUAACUCUGCUCUUAGUCUUGGCAUCGGAAAUCAGCUUACAAAUAUCCUUCGUGAUGUAGGAGAAGACGCAUUAAGAGGCCGAGUUUAUCUGCCUCAAGACGAGCUAUCACAAUUUGGGCUAUGUGAUGAGGAUGUAUACUCAAGAAAGGUAACUGAUAAGUGGAGAGAGUUUAUGAAAAGUCAGAUCAAACGGGCUAGGUUUUACUUCGACCAAGCUGAAGAAGGUGCUUCUCGGGUUCACAAAGAUAGUCGUUGGCCGGUUUGGUCAUCGUUGUUGCUAUACCGCACCAUAUUGGAUGCUAUUGAAGAGAAUGAUUACGAUAACUUGACGAAAAGAGCUUACGUUGGUAGGACUAAGAAACUUCUCAUGUUACCCCUAUCGUACACUAGAUCUGUUUCGACCACUACUCUUGCCCUUUCAUCAUUAGAUUAA